AUGAGGAUCAUUAAGAGCAGAAAGCGUGGCAAGAACAAGAAACCAACGGUAGUCUUAAAAAUUCAUGUCAUUCAAGCUGAAAAUAUUGAAGCCUUGAAGACCUUCAAUUGCAACCCAGUGUGCUUUGUUACUACUAAUACGUUCUACAGUCAGAAGACGAACAAGCUCAAGAAUUCUAAUGCACACUGGAAUCAAACUUUGAAGAUUAAACUUCCGAGAAACCCAACAUCCGAAUGGUUAAGAAUUAUUGUAUACGACGCCCUGCCAACUGGAGCCCCCCCCACUACCCCGAAUAGAUCACGAACGAGUACUGCAAAUGCAUCUACAUUGACACUGUCAAAUUCGGGUCAAAAUUCUAACUCCCAUUCUUCGAGAAAUUUGAAUGUUACGUCAAAAGGUAAUCAAACUUCAACAUCAAUCAAUUCAGUAUCAUCCUCAGCUACAGCGACUGCAUCACAUUCUGCUUCAUCACUCUCAACAACAGGUCCUGGGCCGACGCACAAAAAUAGGAUAAAUAGCUACCUAUAUCUGGGUGAAGCAAAAAUUUCAUUGCUGGAACUAUUCAAGAGAAAGGACACCACAACGAGCUAUAAAUUUUCAAUUGAAGCUCAACGGUACCAUCUAUAUGAUAUGAAAAGAGGAAAAGACCAAAUUUCCUCAAACUCCAACUGUAUAGUGGGCGAUAUCUUGCUUGGAUUUAAGCUAGAAUGUAACGUUAAAAGAACGCCAACUUUCCAGGCUUUUAAUACCUGGAGAAAUGACUUGAAUACUUAUUUGGGUAGAAUAGAUAGAAAUAAGGCCCGCAUGAGAUCUUCCAGUUCUUUGCCACCCCCACUAGAAGAUAUGUUGAGCAAUAGUUCAAGUAUCAGUGGAAAUGAAAUGCGACUCGAGAAAACAUAUAGCGAUACUGAUUUAGCUCAAGAAGAAGAGGUCGAUGGCGAAGAUGAAAUAAACGAUGAGGAAUCUAUCGAGGAUAUGAAUAGCAGCGACAGCAUGUCUAUGGAAAGGACGUAUGAUAUUGACAAUGAUACUGUAUACGACUCUAUGUCUGAGGUUGUUUCGCUAAAUGAUGAAGGACUAGAUGUUCUAAAUGAUUUUGAAGAUGCAGAUCAUCCCAGUGUGCCAGACAUAAAUGUACAUGACAUCGAUGAAGAUACACGUAUCAGUUUAUCUUCAAUGAUAACAGCUUUGGAUGAAUAUGAUAUUGUAGAACCAGAGGAUGUUGCCAGAUUACCUGCAGUCUCGGAGAAUGACGCAACAUCGAUUGAUGAUGAAGAAUCUGAAGACCAACAGGAGAGUGAUGAAGACUUUGAUAUCUAUAAUGAGGACGAAAAUGAAGAUUCUGAUUCUCAAUCAAAUGAAUACAUCGGGAGCCGGCUUUUACAUCUGCAAAGAGGUAAACAUAAUAGAUCAUAUGCAAGUUACUUAUACAGAAGAGCAAAAAGCAAUUUUUUUAUAUCAAAAAAGGAACAUGCAAUGGGGGUUAUAUUUAUGCAUAUAGAGGCUAUCAAAAAUUUACCUGCAUUAAGGAACCGGUUAUCCAAGACUAAUUAUGAAAUGGAUCCAUUUAUCGUUAUUUCGUUUGGUAGAAGGGUAUUCAAAACAUCUUGGAGAAAACAUACUUUAAAUCCAGAAUUCAACGAAUAUGCCACUUUCGAAGUUUUUCCCCAUGAAACGAAUUUCGCUUUCAAUAUUAAAGUUGUUGAUAAGGACUCAUUUUCAUUUAAUGACGAUGUCGCAAAAUGCGAACUGGCUUGGUUUGAUAUGCUGCAACAGCAACAACAUGAAAACGAAUGGAUACCUUAUGAGAUACCAUUGGAUCUCACUGUUCAACCAGCAUAUGCUCCUAAGCAACCAACCUUAUAUUCGAGUUUCAAAUAUGUUUCAUAUUCGUUUUUAAAAAAUAGCUUUUGGAAAGAAGCUGUUGAUACAUCAGUUAAUUUGGAGAGACUUGACAUUAUUCAAGUAAUGCUUUACCUCGAACGUCUUGGUUCAUUCACGAUGGCCGAUUCUUUUGAACUAUUCCAGCAUUUCAAUAAAUCAGCUUGGGCCGGCCAGAGCAUUACUCGAUCACAAUUAGUUGAAGGGUUACAGUCAUGGAGAAAAUCCACCAAUUUUAAACGAAUUUGGACAUGUCCUAGGUGCAUGCGUUCGUGCAAACCAACUAGAAAUGCCAGGCGUUCCAAACUGGUUUUAGAGAAUGACUUGAUAACCCAUUUUGCCAUAUGCACGUUUUCAAAAGAACACAAAACCUUAAAGCCAUCAUACGUCUCGUCUGCAUUUGCCUCCAAAAGAUGGUUCUCCAAGGUUUUAAUAAAAUUGACUUAUGGCAAAUAUGCUUUGGGAUCCAACAAUGCAAACAUCUUGGUUCAAGACCGAGAUACAGGGAUAAUUAUAGAGGAGAAAAUAAGCGCACAUGUAAAGUUGGGAAUGAGAAUUAUAUAUAAUGGUAAAAGCCCUGAAUCUAAGAAAUUUAGAUCUCUCUUAAAGUCUUUGUCAGUUAGGCAAGGGAAAAAAUUUGACAGCACCGCAUCUGCCAAACAAAUCGAACCUUUCAUAAAGUUUCACUCGCUGGAUCUUUCACAAUGCCGAGAUAAAGAUUUUAAAACAUUUAAUGAGUUUUUUUACAGAAAACUAAAACCAGGAAGCCGACUGCCUGAAAGCACUAAUAAAGAAAUAUUGUUUUCGCCAGCAGAUUCAAGAUGUACAGUAUUCUCAACUAUACAAGAAUCGAAGGAAAUAUGGGUGAAAGGUAGAAAAUUUUCUAUUAAGAAGCUAGCCAGUAACUACAGUCCGGAGACAUUUAAUGACAAUAACUGCAGUAUCGGUAUAUUCAGGCUGGCGCCACAAGAUUAUCACCGGUUUCACUCACCUUGCAAUGGCAAGAUUGGGAAACCUAUAUAUGUGGAUGGAGAGUAUUAUACUGUAAAUCCAAUGGCUGUUCGUAGCGAGUUAGACGUUUUUGGUGAAAAUAUUAGAGUUAUUAUUCCCAUUGAUUCUCCUCAGUUUGGUAAACUAUUAUACAUACCUAUUGGUGCUAUGAUGGUUGGAUCCAUAUUAUUAACGUGCAAAGAAGAUGAUGUAGUUGAGAGUGGAGAGGAGCUAGGAUAUUUUAAGUUCGGAGGGUCUACUAUAGUAAUCAUUAUCCCGCACAAUAACUUCAUGUUUGAUUCUGAUCUUGUGAAAAACUCGUCAGAUGGUAUUGAAACGUUAGUCAAAGUCGGGAUGAGUAUAGGCCACACAUCAAAUGUGAAUGAAUUGAAGAGAGUUCGUAUCAAAGUAGACGAUCCAAAGAAAAUUGAACGGAUCAAGAGAACAAUAAGUGUUAGCGAUGAAAACGCCAAGGGUGCAGGAAAUGUAACAUGGGAAUAUCAUACGUUACGGGAAAUGAUGAAUAAUGAUUUUGCUGAGCUUUAA